CUGAGCGCACCCGAGGCUACUGCGGUAAGAUGCGGCGACGCACGAUGCCGAGUCGCGGUGGAUGAGCUGAUGCGCAAUGGCCGAACGAGUGAGGAAAGAGGGCGACAAAAGAUCCACAGUGGUGCCCGGCUCUAAUUUACACGAUGGGACAGAAUUGAACGCGUGUUUGGUGGAUUUGUAGCGCUGUAAGCUCCGCUGGUGCAGGCCGACUGGAAGGAUGUGGAUGCGCUGAUCCCGCUGAAGGAUGCUCCAGAGCCCGAGGAGGGUUGAAUAGGCUUCUCCUGUAAACAACAAGGAAGCGGAGAGACAUUAAGUAAAGGACACUCCAUCCAAAGCCUGGACCGGAGACUGACGCACCGAAUGAGGUUGUUUUGUGACAGCUGAGUCAGUUUUCAGUACCAGCAGAGAGGGCGGUGAGGCUCUGAAGACGGCGUCACAUCGCUCUGGAAGAAAACAAACUUCUCAAUAUCCUCUCUAUCAUCCGCUCUGACAGCUGGAUGUCUGACCUGGGUGCUUUUUUUCUUCGUCAGGAGACUCUCAAAGUUGAGGAGCGAUAAAGAGAAACAGAAGCAUAGCUCCAGCUGGCUGUCCGGAAAACAACCGAUUCUGUUUUUUGUCCAAAAACUCUGAUGUUGUUGGGAUGAAAUGCUAAGACAUGAAGUCAGCAAGGGAGUCAGCUCUCUCUUGCAGGGUCAAGUAAAUAUUUUCUCCUUUGUCAGAAUGAAUUAGUAAGAAAUUCCUUAGAGUAUUCCAGCUAUUUCAUAAUGUUUAGUGUAUCUUUUCCACACUAUGAUGUUUUUACCUUCGAGCUGUCACGCUCUGUAUCAAGGAUAGACUCCUGAUAGUGCCAGCAGUCCCUCUCACCUGACAGGCUGCAUUUUGAUAAAGGAAAAGCGAGGACAAACCAAUAAAACAUAGAUGAGGCCAACAACAAACACCAUGCUCCAGCAGAAUAACAACAAUAACUACCCCUGCCUGAAUGUGUCAGGCUCCACCCGGGAGAUGCUCCAGAAGUGCUCCAGAGCCUCUCUGCCCUUCCCCAGCCGACUGGAGCUGGGUCUGGGUGACCUGCCGCUGAUUCGGGGCCUCCGAGCUUGGGCCCUUUGCUCCAAGAACCGCCGGAAGGCUGGUGGUCUGCUUGGAGGAGGACAAGCCCCGACAGCUCCUCUUGCAGGCCGCCGUGGCUCGACUUCCUGUCCCAGGCCUGCAGAUGUGUAUCUGAGCGGAGAGUGGGGUCGCAUGGGGUACGGGCUUCCCUUGGGGCUGGAUGCUGGACAGGCUGGGAUUGGAGCUUUGGUUACAGUUGCCACUCUGAAGACCUCAGAGGGCAGCGGGAAGACACAGACACAAUGCCUCUUUCUCCGGACUGAGAAAGGUAGCUGUUUGUACUCGACAGCUAAGCCUGGUUCUGGUGUGACUACCAGUGUGGCCUCCAGUGUGGUUGGGGGGUGGCUGAGAGGAAAGACAGGAGGAGGAGGAAGCAGAGACACACCAGCCGGGAGGAGGGACCAUGGGCCAACUCCUCUGGCACAGACCGGAGCAAACCGGGUUAGAGUGCGAUCUGGCCGGAGAUGGAGGAAGUCCUGUAACGCAGCUGGUCGUGAAAAAACAGGCGUGAGCAGAGAGAGGCAGCAGAGUAGUAGGGAGGAUCCUGCUGGAGAAAUCACACUGGAAGAAAGGCAGGAAGAGCGAGACAAAGGAGGCCUGGACAGUAAACAGUUUCCCAGCUCGCAGCAGGACAUCAGGAGAGCCAGACAGGAGGGAGCAUUCAGAAGUCCCAGAUGCUGCCACAAUGCUUCUCCCAAAACCUGUACUCAGUGUGUAAGGAGAGCACAGAGGAGGGAAAGCCAGGCUGAACAUGAGAGAGGUGAAAGUCCAAGAAGAGACGUCCCAAACAGGCUGAAUAGUGAGGUGAAGGAAAUGAGGAAGGAGAGGCAAAAGAAUGAGGAGGAGGGAAAGGGAGUCCUUUGUGGGUUUGAGUCAUCUAACUCAGUUUUGGCUGUACCAAACCCUGACCUAGAAUCUAACAACUUUCACCCAGAAUCCCACAGCAGCUGUGAUGUUGAAGAGAUUAGAGACGCCGAGAGCAAUGAGGAGCUGAAGACGCAAACCUCUCACAGCAAGGACGGCUAUUCACAGAAAGAGGAGGACACACACACUGAAGUUAUGGUAAUACAUACAAACAAUGAUCCCCACUCUGAGCAUUCGACUGAUGACUUUACGUCAAGACAUAACCGAGAUUUUGAUGACAGAAAACCAAGUGAAAACCCCUGUGAGGAAAUAGCAGCUGACGUAAAUGGAUUUUCUGAUCGUGUGGAGGCACAUCGAAAAUCAGAGAAAGACGAGGAGAGUGUGGCUGUUGAAGAGGAGGAAGGGAGCAUCAAUCAGACUCCUGCUGAAUUCUCGAUUGUAUCCAACUGCUGUGAGGAUGUCUCUGUCUCUACCUGCCGUGCCUCUAUCAGCACUGCAGUCCCACCUGAGCCUUCCACUCCUGUAGAGGGCAGCACCUGCAGUGCUGAGCAGAGAACAGAGACAGAGAACAGCAAAAAAGAUCACCUCAAGGGGUAUCAACAAGAGGCAGCAGACCCUGGGAUCAUGGGUGGAGGAGAACUGGAUGUUAGCCGAUCCGAGCGACAGGAACCGAACUGUGCGGCUGAUGAGAAAAACACUGUGAACGAGAACAGAAAACCUCUGUUUUUCUUUAAAAACAUGGAAAACAGCAGCCAGCUAGAAGAGAGAGAUGCUUCAUCUUCACCUCUCAGACACAGAGAUCCUUCCAUCCUCGAGACAGAUGGGAGGAUCGUAAUGGAAAACGGUUGCAACUAUAGUACAACCGAGCUUAACGGAGCAGAGCGGAGAGAUGGGCUGGUGAGGGUAAAUAGAGAAGAGGAGUCAGAUGAAGAGAAUACAGAAGAGAGAGUAAAUCCUGAGCAAGGGGAUGAAGCUGGGGAGAUGUGGAGGAGGGAGUGCACCUGCAACGAGCUGGACAAUGGCGAUGGUGAAGGUAAUGGCGAGAAAGAACGCCAAAGUGAGGACAACAUAAAAGACAUACAGGAGGAUGAUAAUGAAGACGGAACGAGAAACUGUGCACUAACAGCCAACUGGAGGUUACAGGAGUCUGCAGAUGGAUGCAGGGGGGGGGUGGAAGAGGUUGGAGACACCUGUGGGCAAACAAGCAGAGAGACCAGCACUAACGUCACUAAUAUGGCCUGUGCUGAUCCCUCCACCUCUCUUGCGCUCUCCCUGACUAAUCCUGCCCCCUCUUUGCCCCCCCUGGAAUCCAUGGCAACCGGCCUGCCCUGUCUGGAGGCGGAGAAGGAGAAAGGGGUCGGAGUGACAGCAGGAGACGGAGAAGGAGGCCAGGAAGGGAAGAGGAGGCACGGGCGAGAGCUGGAGGAGCAGGACGAGGAGGAGAGGGGCUCCACCACGGCCCCCACUGAGGAGGGGAGGAAAGAGGAGGAGGAGGAAGAUGAGUUUGGAGUGUUCAUGCAAGCGGAGGGAGAGCUGGCCUGGAGCGAGGGAUCCACCAUGUCUGCCUCAGUGCCUUGUGGGAGCAGAGAGAGUGUUGCACUUGGAAACAACGCCAUCACCGGGGAGUCGACCCACUGGACACCAGGCUGGACGGACAGCCCGUUCCCCCAAUCAGACGACACCUGGACAGCCUUUCCUCAGGAUUCGUCAGAUGGACGUAGAGACGUCGUGGGGCAGUGGUGGCCAACCAGCGCUGUGGAGGAGAGCAGAGACAGACUCUUCACCAAUCAGAAUCUGGCGGCUGUCUUUGCUGAAGCCUUCCCCUCGCUGCCUGGUGCGUCCUCAAGUGACCCCUGUGACCUCCAUACUGUUCCCACACUGACCCAGCUCCUCAGGGGCAAAGCCAGCCAGGACCAGGGGCUGUUGGACAGUUUCCAUGACUUGAACAAAAUGAUUUGCCAGAGGUACAAGAGAGCUAAUGGUGUGUCUCGUGACCUGCUGCUGAAGACUUUACACCUGCAGCAGCCGCACACUGAAAGCAGACCUGCUCCCCGGACAGCCAACCGCCGUCUCUCCCCCGGCCUCCCCUCAGCCAAUCAGCACGCCCAGAACGCUGCCGCUAAGCGACGGCUGUCAUAUGACUACAACAGGAACAUCAUGGAGUAACAGUGUGGGUUCAGCUCUGGUUUGACUGUGACUUACCUGAAGAACUGAAGCUUUUAACCCGAGCAGGACAGACAGCAAGAGUUUUCUCAAGACUCUGGAGUAACAACAUGUGUCCUAUCUGCUAGUCAAAUACUGACCUUUUGACUCUUUGCACACUCCCUGGUUAUCUAAGCCUGAGCCAGUGAGAAGACGUAACCUGGAUGAAAACGGAGCGACUCACUUCAGCUGUGUUUCAGAAGUUGUCUCCUCCAGCUCCUGUUGAUGUAUACUGGUGGAGUGUUUCCAUCACACAGCCACCUUGUUCACCACCACCACUCCGCCGUGUUCAUUUUCCUUUUACACCCUGAGAACAGCAGGUUGUUUGGAGCGUGAUGACCUGUAGUUACUCGGCACCACGUUGUUCCUGUUAUUUUAUUAUCUGAGAAGAUUUAAAUUAUACCUAAAUAGAAAUAGAUCUGUGUGUGAGAGCUGCUGCAGAAAUGGUCUCACUGUUUGAAUUAAAUCUCACUGGGUUGAGCCAAACUAAAACAUUCACUUGCAAGGAAUGAAAUGAUUAAAGAUAAAUAUCACAGAAUUUCUGCUUUCCUGACCAUUGCAUUCAUGAUUUUGGAAGCUCGGCAUGCUUGCUAACUAGCUUAUCUGUAUUGAUAUAGGCAUUUAAGGCUAGUUUGAGCAUGCGGUCAGCUACGAUACUGUAACUAGCAAACCUUUGUCAUCAUUUGUGGAUACACUUUUUCCACACUUCUCUUUAUCUUUUGCAAAUAUUCUUAUUCUUACCCAGAGUAUUGCCUCUGUGGCUCCACCGAAGAGUCGUCUAACUCAACCAAUGAGAUUGUUUCUCCUUCCAGAGCAGCUCUGCUGGAAAGGUUUGUAGGACUGAUGUUGUGCUUGUAUCAUGUGGAAAUGGAAGAGAGCAAUAAGAGCAAAGGAUUUCUGUUACAGCUUGCAAGCAUUCAAAUUAUCCGAUGGUUCAAGUUCACAAUUGUUACUGAUUUGCACUUUUAAGUAAUAGUUAUUCAGCAAUGAGCUGCAGUUUAUUUUACUGUUCAUGUGCAAAACAAUUAAUAAUAAUCUAUAUUUGACACAUUAGCAUUGAAUUAGUCACUGUGAAGGAGCCAUCCAUGUUUGCUUUUCGAGCAAUUCUAUAUUAUUUAGUCUGAUCAAUUGGAGCUUUCAGAAAAGCUAAUUUUACAUCCAUAUGAUAUGAAUGUGACAUAGAGCAUCAACCUGCCCCCCAGAAAUUAUGUUUUUGUUUUGUUGGAGAAAAAAGCAGACAAUGACGUAAUGUUCUUUUUUGCUGUCUCUCCAUUAACAUGGUGGCUUGAUCACAUCAAACACCAAACAUCAAACAGCAAACAUUCCUUAACACCUCCCCCCUCUUCAGUCAUCCUCCUUACAACAGAAGCCGGCAGUGUGAAAUGUUGUAUGAACGGCAGCGUAUCUCUACGGAUCUCAAUGUCAGCUGGAUUCACGCAAAUGUCAAAGCUCAUAUACCCGCCCUUUCUUGUUUUUGAAUGAUAGAAGUAACGGAAAAGCAUUAUUUUAACAUGCAGAAGCCUGAUUAUGGGUCCAGAUGUGAUGAGUCGUACAGUUUUUUGUUGUUGAUGCAUGUGCUUUCAUUGUGUAUUUGCGACAGAAAAGCCAGAGAAAAGGAAUGAAUCCUCAAAUUAUUUUGGUUCCUCAGAGAAACAAGUUUGUCUUCCAGUUAGUGCCAACAGGAACACCAAUGAAAGUGCCAAUGUUUACGAGGUUAGAGAAGUGAAGCAGACACAUUCAGGAGGAAAUGUCGCCUCUUGUUUCUCAGACACUGAAGUGGACUCACAAAUUUUGGCAUGUGAUGUUUUUCUCUCUUUGUCUGGCUCUCUCUCUUUCAGUACACUCACAGCUGAGUCCACUUCACGGGCAAAACUUGAAUCUAGCUGCCAAUCAAAACAAUAUUUCUAUGAGAAUAUUGUUCACAUUAUGACCAUGUCAAUGAUGCACUGUACCUUUUAAUUUAAACAUACUAUUACAUAUUAUCACCCCAGAACGUUGAUUUCGCUCUACGUUGUAUAUUUCACGUGUCAACUCAAUCAUUUGUGAUGAUAUUCAGAAACAAUCAUUUGUGUGUGUCUGCCAUUUGUGCAAAUUCCUGAAAAAGAAAAAGAUGAAUAUUUUCUGAUCUGUUCAAAUGGGGAAAAAGGAGUUGUCGCCUUGUUAACUGAUGUAAUAAAAUGAUACUGUGUGAUGGCUGACAGCUUCCUCGUGGCAUUCAGAAGUAUGGGACGUGUUCAUUAUAAAAAGAGAUAUCCAUCAGCCUGCAAGCAACAUGAGCUAUAACGACCACAGCAAAAGAUAUUUGAGACCUUUGCCUCAAACCGAGAAACAUUUUGGAAUCAGAUUUUUUGUAAAUAUUGUGAAAUGGACAUCUACUUCCCAAAUAGAUCUAGCUAUUUUAAAUGAAAAAAUUACAUUGAAGGACUCUUUAAUGUUCAUAUGGGCAUAAUAU